UUGCAUAAUAUGGGAUCUUUAAAUGUUAAAACCUUGACAUUCCGGAUUUGCACCCUGGCCCAGCAGCGGUGGGCGGGGCUAACAGCUCCACAGACAGGAGGAUCAUUACAAACACACCAGCUGCUCUCCUCUCUGUAACGGUUACUCUUUACUCUCUUUUCUCUCUUGUAUUGUAAUCUCCAGCGUUAUACUAAUAUCUCCUCCUGUCUGAGUGAGUUCAAACUGUUAACUUAAAUAUGAAACUGUUCUCAACUUUGUUCUUCACCGGGUUGAAGAAUGUGAGGUCUCUUUGGGAGGGAAAUAACGGAACCGGGACGCUAGCCUGAAUGUUAGCUGCCUAGCAACAGGUCGGUUGGUCGGUUGGUCAGCUUAGCAACAACAACAACAACACUAACGGCUAAUGGCGCGCGGGACUUUUUCAAACUACACGUGGAUCGACUUCGCGUUCUCGGUGGUGGGAGUUUGUACUUUCUUGGUGGACUGGGGCUCGGACGUGUGGGUGGCCACCGAGUUCUACUGCCAAGGGGACCUGCUCUGGUUCGGGGUGCUGGUCGGCCUCAUGGUCCUGUCCUCGGUGGUGGUCCAGAUGUUCAGCUGGUUCUGGUUCCAGUAUGACCGAGAGCUGCCGGGCUUCGGCCGGCAGGCUGGAGGAGGAGGAGGAAGAACCGGUACCGUGCUGUUUGGGGACCGAGUGAAGCUCUCCUGUGUGUUACAUGUGCUGCAGCUGGGCUUCCUUUGCAGGCACAUCUCCGCCAUACGACAAGGCUUCAGGGUUUGGUGGCGGAAACAGGAAGGGUCCGAGUACGCCGUUUACCUGACACACGACCUCAGCAUGCUCCGGCUCAUCGAGACGUUCUGCGAGAGUGCUCCUCAGCUCACCCUGAUGAUCUACGUCAUGCUGCACACAAACAAGGCCAGGACGGUUCAGUUUGUGAGCAUUGCUGCAUCAACCACCUCCAUAGCCUGGAUGGUGUUGGAUUACCACCGCUCCCUGCGCUCCUUCCUCCCAGACAAGGCCAAGCAGGGCUGGUGUUCCUCUUUAAUCUACUUCCUGUGGAACCUGCUGCUGAUCGCCCCACGUGUGGCAGCCCUCGCCCUCUUCGCCUCGGUCCUGUCUGCUUACAUCGCCGCCCACUUCCUGAUGCUGUGGUUUGUCUUUGUGUUGUGGGCCUGGCGACAGGGGACCGACUUCAUGGACAGCGUCGGUGGGGAGUGCCUCUACCGGGCCACCGUAGGGCUCAUCUGGUACUUCAGCUGGUUUAAUGUAGCAGAGGGUCAGACCAGAGGCAGGAGCAUCAUCUACCAUACCUUCAUCACCACCGACGGAGGAAUCCUGCUGGCGACUUGGUGGUGUUACAGGGAUCCUGUCCAGACUGAGCCGUACGCACUCGCUCUGCUCAUCUCCCUACCUCUCAUCUACCUCCUGGGACUCCUCUUCAAAACCCUCUACUACUGCUGCUUCCACCCCAAGCUGUGGAGGCCCCCGGUGAGGGACCCAGGACUGCCUGAUGAUCUGCCCGACGCAGAAGUGUCCUUCAGAGACUUUUCCAUCCAGGACGGCACUCCGUCCGCCCAGCUCCUCAACAAACGGAUGGCUGGCCAUGCUGCUCAUUUUUACUCAAAGCAAGAAGUCAUCAUAAACACUGAUGGCACAAAUUGAGCGGAGUCAUCACAACUGUGAUGUCUGACUUUUCGUGUGUCACAGCCAACUGUGUAUAACUGACACAGUUAGCCGUGACACACAACUGUGUCACGGCUAACUGUGUCACGGCUAACUGCCAUUACUGACAAAUGUUCCCUUCUUUGGGAGUAAUAGUAUGUAACAAUCUCAACAUUCAAAACUGUACUUGAAAAUAAGAGUAGGCAAUAUGGAUAAAAUCCUUUUCAUAUCAGUACAUACAUCAUACAUUAAUACAUACAUUACCAUAUAGUUCAUUCCUGGAAAAACUGUUAGAAGUAAGAGAUAAUGUACAGCGAGCCGGUUAGCGUCGGGGUCCACGGAGGGGUCUUGCAUCGCCCUGAAGGGGUUUAUUUCACAGCAAUGACCCGAUAGCUGUACAUUAUCGCACUUAUUAAACAUCU